AUAAUGAACUGUUCGAACUGUACUUUUGACCUCCGUUUUACCGCUUUCAUCACCCUUUCUUUGUGUUUCUGCUUCGUCCGAAAUCCGUCCGAUGCGUGCGUCAGCUUUUUAACUCUAGAAGAAGAAACGCCACACAAAAGCAGAAAUUUCAUUUUAAUAAGGACGAAAACUAUUGGAAGUAUUGAUUUAUGUUGACUGACAAUUGAAUGAAAACGAGCACUUACGAGGUAGAAAGAAACGCCAUCAGAGCAGCUGCGGCUAAAAAUACAAGUUCGUAAAGCCGCCAUGUUGUGACGUCAUUACCUUCAUGCCGAUAACCAGUUUGGAGCAAGAAAUGUGCUGAUUUUGAUGUCUUUUUGAAACUGUGUGUCAAAUAUCUAAUAAAAAAAAGUAUUUGAAAACAAUUUUUAUUCAAUUAAAAAAAAAAAAUAAAUAAAUAAAGAAAAACAUUGUAUCAUAAUUAUAUUAAGAAAUUAAAAAAAUACAGGAUGGAAUUCAAGAAAUGUUUGAGUUUGAGUCCGCACCAAUUCAAGCUUUGAAGAUGUUCCUACUACUACUACACAUAGAACAGUAAAAAAAAGACUUAAAUACAUUCCAUUGUUGAAACAGCAGUAUUUUUCCUGGCACAUCUGGUAGAACAGUAGCCACCAUGUCUGUGCACUACAAGUUCAAGAGUAUGAUUGAUUAUGAAACUAUCAGUUUCCAAGGCUUAAAUAUUUCCCUUGGAGAUUUGAAGAAGAAUAUCAUGGAAGCCAAGAGAAUAUCGCCCGUGGAUUAUGAUCUGAAGAUAACCAACGCCCAAACCAGUGAAGAAUACUCUGAAGAUGAAAGCCUGAUUCCGAAGAAUGCGUCCGUGGUUGUGGUACGAGUACCAAUAGGAGGGAUCAGAGAGAACAUCAUGGGUGAAGAAACUACUCGCGAACAAGAUGAACAUCAACUAGCCGUAGAACGGUUAAGUAAGGUAGCUGAUCUGGCAGCCGCUGAUGCGUCAGAAGCAGCCAAGAUAGAUGCGGCAGUAUAUCAGUCUGGCCUGGAGUAUGAUCCUUCUAACUAUCAUCGUCAUGCACGUACUCGUCCUGUGUGCUUUAACUGUAACAAACCCGGACACAUGGUUAGAAAUUGUCCGAAAAACAAUGAUCAGCAAAAAAUUAAUGCAUUUCAACCAAAAGAUAUGAAAGGAAUUCCGAUCAGCUUUGUAAGGCCAGCGGAUGAAAACGCAAAAGGCGCUAAAAUGCUACCCUCUGGAGAAUUUGUUGUGCCAAGGAUUGAGCAGGCUGCAUAUUCCAUACAGAAGAAAGAUCGUCCACCAGCCUUCAACAAUUCACAGAACCAUGAACCUCUUGAUAUUGAGCCUGACAUUCCAGCGGAGUUCCUCUGCCCAAUUUGCAAAGAACUCCUGAAAGAUGCUGUGGUUAUACCUUGCUGUGGACAGAGCUUCUGUGAUGAAUGUAUUCGAGAGGUUUUGCUGUCUACAGAUGAACACCAGUGUCCUGAUUGUAAGGAAGUUGAUGUCUCUCCUGACUCCCUAAGCAUAAAUAAACAACUUAGACAGACAAUAGCUAAGUUUAGAAAUGAUACUGGAUACUCCCAAGCAGUUCAGCUGGCACGGCAAAAACUUCUUCAGCAGCAGAGUGCUCUAAAGGCUCAGCCAAAAGUUGCAACUAAGCCACCGGUCAGCAGUCAACCGCCCAAUCAAAAUAGUGCUCCAGGCCGCUCUAUUCAGACUCUUGCGAAACAACCUGAUGGUCAGCAAAGGAACAGAUACGAUGAACAUCAGGAAAGGCGUGGUCCACAAAAUCAUAGUCGUAUGCACAACAGACACAAUGAAAGAUAUAAUGACAAUGAGUACGAUGAUGAAGACUAUUAUGAUGAUGAGCCACACAAUAGAGGACCACCUCAUUAUGACCACCAUAACAGAAGAGGAUAUCAAGAGCACCAUCGCCGUCAGGAACACAGGGGUCCACAUGAUCAUGGAGGUCCACAUAAUUAUGGAGGUCCACAUGAUUAUGGAGGUCCACAUGAUCAUGGCGGUCCACAUGAUCAUGGAGGUCCACAUGAUCAUAUGGGUCCACCUGAUCACAGAAGACCACCUAAUCAUAUGGGAUUGCCAGAUCAUAUGCGACCACCUGAUCAUCAUGGUCCACCUGUUUAUAGAGGUCCCCCCGGCAGUGGGCCACCAAAUAAUAGAGAGCAUGGUGGACAUCCUGAAUACAGACCUCCACAUAGAGAUCAAAAUAAUUUCGGACCACCUACUAAUAGAGGACCACCUCCUGGCCAUCAUGCACCACCUCAACAUCCCCCUCAUCAUGGCCCUCCAGCAACAGUACCUAGUUCUCAAUAUGUUUCAGGGCCGCCUCCUUCACAAGGUCCAGGUCCGCCACCACAGUUUACAAGCCCUCCAAUAUCUGCCCCACAUCCUGCUAUUCAGCUACAUCCUCAAAGGUUGCCAGUACCUCCAGGAAACCAGCCCCCAGGCAAAUCUCCACCUCUGUUACCUCCUGGGACAGGUCCCCCACCACCAGUAGGACCUCCAGGUCACAGAGCACCUGGUCCUCGUGAUCAUGCACCAAGACCACCUCAGAAUAGACUACCACCACCUAUUCCACCUGGCGUACCUGUGUUUGCCCCAAAUGUGCCUAGGCCACGUGCACCUGUUGUUCCUCCGGGCUUGGGACAACCUCCGGUUCCAAUUGGUUUGCCAGGCCCUCCCCAGCUGCCUCUGAUUCUUCCACCAAGGCUUCCAAUUCCAGGCAUUCCUGUGCCAUUGCCUCCAGGUUUACCAAUGCCAGGACCACCAAUCAGACCUCCUCCUGUACCUCGACCGCCUGUUGGACCUGGUGGGCGCCCAUUGACUCAGAAAGAAUAUCAGGAUUACCAACAAAAAAUAAGUGAUCGAGAGGAUCCUCUGGCAGCCUUUGAAAGAGAAUUGGCAGAGAAAGAGCGUAGAGACCGAGAGAAAAAAGCUGAAGCUGAGGCACAUGCAAGGUCAAGCUCCAGCAGUAGCAACAGUUCUAGUGCUGGAUCAUAUUCAACUACCAGUUCAAGUUCCAGGUCAAGAUCAAGAUCAAAGGGAAGAUCAAGAUCGAAGGGUAGGUCACGUUCAAAGGGUAGGUCGCACUCAAAGGGUAGAUCACAUUCUAAAGGAAGGUCACAUUCAAAGGGUCGUUCAAAGUCACCUGUGAAGCGGAAACGAUCUCGUUCUGUUUCUCGCACAAGAAACAGACCUCGAUCAAGAACUCCUGUUAGAUAUAGAUCUCAGAGGCCACGAUCAAGGUCACCUCAAUUUAGAAGAUCGCGAACUAGAUCACCUAGAAGACAUCGAUCUCCUGUCCAUUCAAGACAUUAUUCUCAGAAAAGGCACCGUUCAAGAUCGCCAUAUGGUCCAUAUCAUCGAUCUCCACCACCAGAUUAUCGUUAUGAACCUCGUUAUGAUAGAGGGCCUCCACCACCUUUUGAUUCUCGGUAUCCUCCUUAUGAUCAGUACUACGAGCAUGACCGCUAUGACCGACCACCACUGCCCCCUCCACACCCCCAAAUGUAUGAUGAUUAUUAUGGAGGACCACCUCCACCUUAUGGUCGCCAACCAUAUGAAGCAGAAUUUAUUCCACCACCUGGGCCAUUUGGACCGCCAUCAGAUUAUCCAAUGAUGCCUCCAUGGGAGGAUGAUUGGGAUCAUAGACCGCCCCAUGGUCCACCAAGAGAUCGACCAUAUAGGCCAUCACCAGGUCAUGGACCACCUCCAGGUCACCUCUCUCCAGGGUAUGGUGAACAAGGACGAGGACAACGAUCGCAUAGCCCAAGGGCAAGGCGAUCAUAUGGUAAAGAAUUAGCUGAUUAUAGAUCAGGACCAGAUGGGUCUGACAGAAGGAAAGAAAGAUACAAAAAUGAAGAAAGAAGUAGAAAGGAUCCAAAGGAAAGAAGAGAACAUGGUGACAGACGAGACCAUGGUGACAGACGAGAACAUGGUGACAGACGAGAACAUGGUGACAGACGAGAACAUGGUGAUAGACGAGAACCAAGUGAUAGGCGUGAACCAAGUGGUAGACGUGAAAACAGUGAAAGAGAACAAAGAAGUAGGGACAGUGAUAGUCAUAGACCUAAAAGCCAAGAUGUGGAUGAAAAUAAGGAGAGGAAACCAGCUGAACAACAAACCAAGCAUGAAGAUGGAAAUGAUAGGGAAGGGAAAAAUGAAAAGAGAAAAGAAGCAGAAAAUAAUAGUAUGGAGGUCAAGACGGAUAUUAGCGAGGAUGCAAUAAAGAAGAAGUCAGAGGAAGAAGAAAAACUUAAGAAGAAGAGAAAGAAGGAAGCAAAGAAAAGGAAAAAGUCUGAAGGAGAAAAUGGUGGAGAAGGUGGAGAUGGAAAAGAAACAAAAAAGAAAAAGAAGAAAAAGGUUCAUGAGAAGAAGGAAAAGAAGAAAAAAAGAAAACAUUCCAAACAAGGAGAGACUAAUGAGGAAGCAGUUCCUGUAGUUUCAGAGGAACCAGAAGCUAAAGUUCCAAAGCUAGAAGAAGUUGUUACCAAAGAAAUUCAAGACAAGAACAUUCAAGGACUCAAGUCUGCAGUCAGUGUUGUGGAUUACUCUAGUACAAGCCCUCCAGGCUACAGUCCCAAGAAAAAGGCCAUGUCUAGUAAAGUCACCAAAAUGGUACCAGCUCAAGAUGAAAGACGUGUAGUCACAACUAAUGUGGUCACCCAAGAAAUUCAGGUGGUGAAGAACGUCAUUGAGAAAGAACCAGAACAACAAAGUCAUGUAAUUGAAGAUACACCUCGUGAAGACUUAAUCACCAUCUCAGUGCCUGUAUCGAAAUGGGAUCGGGAUGAAUUUGAAUCUAGCGAUGAAGGAUCUUCACCAAAAACCUCACUAAAUGUGAUUGAGCCUGACAUGGAGGAGGUUGCUUUUGAGCCUGAUUAUGAUGAAACCAUAGAAGUUCAUGACAAAGAAUUAAAAGAUAAAGACAAGAAAGACUCUAAAGAAAAAGAUGGAAAGCCUAAGAGUAAAGAAAUACCUAGAGUUGAAAAGACUGAUAGCAUUGUUUCAGAUGAAAAGAAAGAGACAGAAAAGAGGAAACGAAAUGAUAACAUUGAUGAAAAAAAAGUUAAAUCAAUUGCUAAGCAAGAAAAAGAAUUAAAGAAUAAUAGUGCAGGUGAGGGGAAAGGGAAGGGACGUGAUGGAAAUAAUAAAGAAAGAAGUAUUAUAGAGAGAAAACAGGAUCCCCCUACAAACAAAGGUAAACUGAGAAUACAUGAUCGACUUGGAAAAAUCCCAGAUAGGCAACAAAUAAAGAAAGAAAGAAGCCCUAUAGAAUUGAAAAGAGAAAAACCAGAGCAGAGAAAACCACGUAGACACAUAGAGGAAAGAAACCCAACUGUUAAGCAUGAACGGGAUGGGCCUACCAAUAAAUUCCAGUCAGAACCAGUUGUGCACAGAGAAAAAAAUGAUCAUCAACAACGAAUAAAAUCAAAAGAACGGAAAAAAGAGGAGAGAGAAAGGAAGAAAAGUUUAAGCAGUUCUGCAGAUAGUAGUCCCUCAGAAGAUAGCGAGAGUGCAAGUGAUACCGACAGCAGUCAGUCUAGCGGAAGUGAAACUAGAACAAAGAAACACAAGAAACAUAAAAAGCAUAAAAAACACAAAAAUAAACACAAGAAAAAGGUUCGUAAAAAUGAGGAAGAAAUUAGAACGAAGAACAAGAAACACAAGAAGAAAAAAAAGAAACAUUAAUUCUUGAUACUAUCCUUACAAAUAAUUGUUUUUUAACUUUUUUAAUGUUAAUUUGAAGUCAGGUUAAAUUUAAAAUGGCAUCAUAAGAUGAUGACUUACUGUAAUUUUGUGCUCUUGUGUUACUCUUCACUGCCUGCACAAAUUAUAAUUAAAAAAAACUUCCCAUUAUGUACGAAAUGGCAUUGGUGGGGGGGGGGGGCUGUCUAGAUGCUUCAUUAGCAGUUA